AUGGCGGAAACUGUUGAUGUGAGCCACAAGCCCAAAGCUGUCGAGUCCGAAGGCCUCAGCAAGUCGAACAAGAGCACACAUUUCGAGACGACUAUACCCAACGGCACAGUCAAUGGAAGCCCGGGCCCAGCUGUGGAGACGGUCGAGCCUCAGAGCGCAGUAUCGUCAAACAGAAACAACAGGUUCGCAAACGCAACUCCAAGAGACGGAUCCCCAGACAAGUUGGCUGCGUUCUCUCCGUCUUCAAAAGAGACUGUUGCACUCAAUAAGUCCCUCGGCUCUGGUCUGCAACUCUCUCCUACCGAGACUGAUGAGCAAGCGCCAGCUGUGAGGGACCCGGUUGAAUCAGAUGGUGCUCUCAAUGAUGCUACGACUUUUACAGCGGGAAGAAAGAGCGUCCAGUUUUCAAGAGAGACACAGGAGAUAGACAAUCAAACCACGCCUCCAGGAAUCAGUGGCGAGCACUCGGAGCAGGAUAAACCUCAGUCUUUGUACGCCAGGUUAAGAGCGUUGGCAAUUCCUCAGGGUUUCAGCCACUCAAGAUCCGCAAGUGUUUUAUCAGUUGGCGGUCGCUCGGCUGAUGGGAGGGAGGCUGAAGGGGCCCUCUCUGGACACAGUUCACGGAACGAGACUGGCCUAGCAGCGACGUUGGAGGAGGACAGUGGUGCGGAAGCUGAUGCUGACAAUGAUGCCGAGGAGAGUGCUCCUGAAUUUGGUGCUCAGCGAACCAUAGUUCGGAAACGACGUCGGCGGAUGCGACGUCUGGGUGAUGUCGAAACGGCCCCCUCAUCACCUUAUAGUCCCAUGACAGCUGAUCCUACGAGUGGCCCGCCCAAUUCUGACUCUGAUCGAUAUCCACACAAGUUGUCUAGAAGAGCCACCGAUACUGAUAUAUCGCCGAACCAGCUGGGGAUGUCCGAAGAUGAAGGGCGCAAACAUUUGGCCGUUGGUGGGGGGUGGACGCCUCGUCAUCCGCUGCGUGGACUUAGUUACGGCGGACAGAGAAGACCUGGGGACUCCUCACCUGAGGCAAGCCGAAGACCAUUGACACUCCUCGGCUUCGCCUCCAACACGAGCCCGCCUAAGGACGCAAACGAGAGCGAAGGUCAAACGCCCAAAACACUUUCUCGUCGAAAGAUGAUGACCGAACGAGGCACGACCUUGAGUGCCCAGAAGUGGCGCCAACUCAAGAAUAGUCUUCGCUUGCUCGGCCAAAGCAAGAAAAAGGAACGAACCCCCGAUCAUGAGAAAUCCGCCGAACUUUUAGCUGAGCUCACCGCUGGUGCACCAGCCGCGUUGAUACUUGCAAGCAUGUUCCAACGAGAUGAACACAAUCACCGCAGAAUACCAGUGCUGUUAGAGCAGCUCAAGGUGCAAAUCACCGACAGUGAAGACGCUAGCAACAAGAAGACUGGUGAUGAUAAGCACAUCAUAUUCAGGAUCGAACUAGAGUAUGGCAAUGGCAUGAACAGAAUGAAAUGGGUUGUUAGGCGCUCUCUCUUCGAUUUUGUGAAGCUGCACUCAAGGUAUAAAGUGUCAAACCUUGGUGGCAGGGGUGGACAAAAAUCAAAAUUGCCGCCCUUCCCACGCAGUACUUUUCCUAUACUGAAAGGUCUACGAUGGGCUCAGGAAUACUUGAAGGUUUUCGACGACGAGGUGGAAGAGGAUGACGAGCCCGUGAACGACAACGAAGCUGGCACAGAGACAGACAACGAAAGAGCAGCUACAAGACCACAGUUUCGGCCCCGCUUGACUCUGAAUCGACGCAAGUCAAGCCUAGCGGGCCAAGGAGAUGCUGCAGGCAAUGCCGAACGAGACAUACGAUAUGCCAACAAGCAGCGGAAAAAGCUCGAGCAAUAUUUGCAGAACAUGAUCAAAUUCAUGCUUCUCCGGCCGGACUGUAACCGGCUGUGUAAGUUUCUGGAAAUAUCUGCACUAGGCAUGAGGCUCGCGGCCGAGGGGAGCUACCAUGGCAAAGAGGGCUUGCUUAACAUUCGUUCUGCCAAGGGGGUGGACUUUAGGAAGGCUCUUACUCCCCAUGAAGUCUAUCGGAGACACAGCGCGAAAUGGUUCAUGGUGCGACACAGCUACGUAGUAUGCGUUGAUUCUCCGGAAGAAAUGCACAUCUACGACGUGUUUUUGUUCGACUCUGACUUCCGAAUACAGUCUUCAAAGCCGAGAAAAGGAGAGCAGAGGGGCGCGAGGGAACUUGCUGAAUUGAUCGGAGAGUCUGCAAAACAUCCACAGCAUCAUCGCUUAAAGCUGGUAAAUUCCGAGAGGAAGCUAAAGUUGCUGGCGAGAAAUGAACGGUUACUGCACCAAUUUGAAGAAUCCAUUCGGAAGAUGAUCACGACGUCGCCCUGGGUCAAAGAAAACCGAUUUGAAAGCUUUGCACCAGUAAGACCAAACUGCUUUGCUCAAUGGCUAGUGGAUGGGCGAGAUCACAUGUGGGUUCUGUCGAGAGCUAUCAAUCAAGCUAAGGAUGUCAUCUACAUCCACGACUGGUGGUUGAGUCCAGAGCUUUACUUGCGAAGGCCACCAGCUAUCAGCCAGAAAUGGCGCCUCGAUCGGCUCUUGAAGAGAAAGGCCGAGGAAGGUGUGAAAAUCUUCGUCAUCGUCUAUCGAAAUAUUGAAUCCGCCAUCCCAAUCGACUCACAGUAUACUAAGUUCUCAUUACUUGACCUGCACCCAAAUAUCUUCGUGCAGAGAUCUCCUAACCAGUUCCGGCAGAACACUUUCUUCUGGGCACACCACGAAAAGAUUUGCAUCGUCGACCACACUCUCGCCUUUGUUGGCGGUAUUGAUUUGUGCUUCGGCAGAUGGGAUACUCCCCAGCAUACUCUCGUUGACGACAAACCUACUGGGUUUGAGUUGGGUGAUCAACCGAAGGAUGUUGAUCACUGUCAAUUGUGGCCGGGCAAGGACUAUUCCAACCCACGAAUCCAAGAUUUCUACGCUCUGAACAAACCAUAUGAGGAAAUGUACGAUCGCACUAGGGUUGCUAGAAUGCCAUGGCACGAUAUUUCUAUGCAGGUCGUUGGCCAACCUGCGCGAGACCUCACUCGGCACUUUGUGCAGAGAUGGAACUAUAUUCUGAGACAGCGCAAGCCUACCCGACCAACGCCUUUCCUUCUACCUCCUCCGGACUUCAAUCCGGCCGACUUGGAGGCACUCGGACUUGAUGGCACGUGCGAGGUUCAAAUCCUGCGGUCCGCUGGCCCUUGGUCAUUGGGUACUCCCGACAAGACGGAGCACAGCAUCAUGAACGCCUACGUUAAGCUUAUCGAGGAGUCUGAACACUUCGUUUACAUCGAGAACCAGUUCUUCAUCUCCAGUUGUGAGACAGAGGGUGCGACGGUCCACAACAAGAUUGGAGACGCUCUUGUGGAACGUAUUACUCGAGCAGCCAAAGAUGAUGAAGCGUGGAAAGCAGUAAUCAUAAUUCCCUUGAUACCUGGGUUCCAGAACACUGUCGAACAAGAAGGCGGUACCAGUGUGCGUCUGAUCAUGCAGUAUCAGUAUCGCAGCAUUUGUCGCGGAGAGUCUUCAAUCUUCGGACGCCUGAGGUCUGCUGGGGUAGAACCCGAGGACUAUAUCCAGUUCUAUAGUCUGCGUCAGUGGGGUCGAAUCGGACCCCGUAAAACGCUGGUGACGGAACAACUCUAUAUCCAUGCCAAAUGUAUGAUUGUGGAUGACAGGAUCGCUCUGAUCGGUUCUGCAAACAUCAACGAGCGGUCAAUGCUGGGUAAUCGGGACUCUGAAUGCGCAGCUGUGGUCCGAGAUACAGACAUGGUCUGGUCACGGAUGAACGGCCGACCAUAUCAAGUUGGCCGAUUUCCUCAUACAUUGCGUAUGCGAUUGAUGCGUGAACAUCUUGGUCUCGAUGUGGACAAGAUCAUGGAAGAGGCUCAAGCGAUGGAAACAGAGCGGGGCAAAUCCGAGGAUUCUGAGAAACCCGCCAAAGCACGGUCACCCAGUGACACACUUGCGAGCCCGGCCUCGGAGCUGAACGAUAUGGUCAGUCCGCUGGAUGGAGCACUGGAUGUUCGCGAGAUGCGCGAAGAACUCCUGCAGCGAUCAGAGGACUUGAGGAGUUUCAAUCAUGAUGUCGACUGGGAGCAAGCAGACAACCCCAAUCUGAAGAGUAACCGCAAAUUGACGGAAGACUCGAGAGUGACUGGCAAUGCUCAGCACAAGUUGGACGUUGAAGGCAAGGGCUUUGAUCACAUGGAAGAGCUUAAUGCCGAGGGAUAUGGCGUGGGCAGAGAUACCGUGGUGGUCAAAGGAAACAAGGAGGUUUUGGUCGCCCAACUCGACCCGGAAGGCAAAAAGACUCUCCAAAAGCCAAGGUUGCAUGGUGAGGAUUAUCGCAAGUCCUCAUAUGUGGUCAAAAGAGAAACGCCAGACCCUCCGCUACCUCCCAGGCCAUCAGCUGUGCGAAUGAACACAGAACAACUCGGGCUAACCAUGCUAUCACAAUUGCCUGCUCUGCCACAAGAGGAUGACACUGAUAUCGGCGGGCCUCCUCUUGCACAGACUGCCUCAAAAGAUUCCUCCCGUGGUCGUCAUCCCUUGGCGGCUGAUUUGAGACGUCCACUUGUGGAUCGUGAUUGCAUGAUGGAUCCCGUACAUGAUGCCUUCUUGUACGACACGUGGCAUGCGAUUGCCGAGAACAAUACGAAAAUCUACAGAAGCGUCUUUCGGUGUAUGCCUGACAAUCAAGUUCGGAAUUGGGAUGAUUACCACCAAUAUGUUGCAUAUGGGCACAGAUUUGACCAGCUUCAGGGAAAUGAUGUUCCGGCUGAGGAAACUGUUCCACAUCCGCAUCGGUCAGGAACUGGAGCAGAGUCAAGGACGGGCCCCCCAGGUGCUAGCAUCAAUACCAAGACGCCAGGUGCGCAGCAGAUUAAAGCGCUCACCAGUUUGCCGAAAGAUCUUGAGAAGAAGACGAGCGACCUGAAAGACAAGGUCAAAGAUGCAGUUGGCGAAAAGACCAAACUGGACAAAGAAAAUUCGGAAAAGGCCAAACUCCGCGAAUGGGCUGCUCAGGUAAAUGACGCUCAAGCCGAAAGGCAGAACAAGCCCACACUCCAUAGGCAGGAGACGUUGACAGAGGAGAAGCUUGGACUGCCUACGGUCCCUGAAGUGUUCACGUUCGAACAAGAAGGCAGUGGUGAUGGCGAGGAAGAUAGUGUAGGUACCGAUAUCGCAAACGGCACCUCAAGCACUGCUACUGCGGUCGACAAAGAGAAGUCUUCUGUCCCCGGGACACCACCAACUAGCAAUGGUCCUUUCGUCGGAUACUCGGAUGCAGUCAAUCAGAAUGGGGCUCCCGCUGUUGGUACUGGGACGACUCGCCGACGAAGGAGGGCUACCACUAGGUCUAGUAGACGUGACUUUAGUGCCAGUGACGAUAUGCUCAGCAUUGAGGAAGCGGAGGAGUUGCUUGGAAGUGUGCAAGGGCAUCUCGUUGUUUGGCCUUAUGAUUGGUAA